CUCUCCUUCCCGACUACAACCUUCACGACACCACGCCGUCCGCCUGCGAACAUCGACCUCGUCCCUGACCUCCUCCUGGUUGCCCUCGAAACGCUCACACAGUAGCAUACCGCCCACUUGCCACCCGCCCGCGAGCUCCGACGUCACCGCCCUGGUCGAUUCCCCCGCACCAUCGAAACGGGCAGAUCCAGAACGAGCAAUCUACCCAGUCGAUCAUAGCUGCCUCGACAACGCUUGUCGAGGGCAGUACCGACUCAUAUCUAUUCCUGUGCUUGCAAAGACGGAGAACGACUCAGAACCGCCACAAUGAGUAGCCCACGCAGGAGAAUCGAGACAGAUGUCAUGAAGAUGCUCAUGAGCGACUACGAAGUCACACUGGUGAACGACAAUAGGCAAGAAUUCUACGUUCGCUUCAAGGGCCCCACAGAAACGCCAUUCGAGAACGGCCUGUGGAAGAUCCACGUCGAGCUGCCCGACCAGUACCCGUACAAGUCGCCCAGCAUCGGCUUUGUUAACCGCAUCUUCCACCCGAAUAUCGAUGAGCUUUCCGGAUCCGUCUGCCUCGAUGUCAUCAACCAGACGUGGUCGCCAAUGUUUGACAUGAUCAACAUCUUUGAGGUUUUCUUGCCCCAGCUGCUGCGCUACCCCAACCCCUCCGAUCCCCUGAACGGCGAGGCGGCCGCGCUGCUGAUGCGGGAGCCCAAGAGCUAUGAGGCCAAAGUCAAAGAAUAUGUCCAGAAAUAUGCCAGCAAGGACGCCGCCGACGAGGCCGGCGCCGAGAGCCAAGAGGACGACGAUCUGUCCUCAGUGGCCAGCUUUGGUGACGACGACGACGACGACGAGCCCGCGGGCCAGAUGGAUGAUGUAUAAGGGAUUUCACACACAGAAUGAGCCCAACCCCCCUGGGCCGGACUUUUCCAGCGUCCGUGCCCCCUUAGGCGUUUCCAUUUGUUCUGGAUUAGGAGUAUGAUGGCUUUGCAUUUGGUGCCUUUUGUUCUUUUUGUUCGGAGGAUUGAUAUGGGCAUUGCCUCAAUGGGCUAACAUGGACUGCGUCAUUGUUUUCUUGUCUUUUUCCCGCUCUCGGAGACGUCAGUAGUGCUACCUGGGGAAUGGACAGGCAAUUGCACAAUGCUGUCCACAACGCCGCUCGGGUACGGUGCUGCGCUUCACAAGAUUACAUCAAUAGUCAAACAGGAAUUACUCUACUCUCCCAUCA